AUGAAUGAAAACACUGUCAAUCUCUCAGUUAGAGAAUUGGCAGAUGAGGAAAUCACGUGCGAGCAACUAUUUGUGGAUAGUACCAGACGCAACAACGAGGGUAGAUUCGUGCUGAAGCUGCCCACAAAGCUAUGUGUAAAACAACUUGGAGAAUCUAAGUCCACAGCGCUGGACAGGAUGCUGAAGUUAGAAAAGCGUUUUGAAAAAGAUAGUAAGCUUCGUGGUGAUUACUGCUUAUUCAUGGAAGAAUAUUUGGCAUCAGGUCAUAUGGAGAAAGUGGAAGAAGGCACACUGAGAACUGAUGACCCGGUAUUUUACUUCCCACAUCAUCCCGUACUUAAGCCGGACAGUUGCACAACCAAGUUAAGAACGGUAUUCAACGGAUCCGCUAGUACGUCAACGGGAAUUUCGUUGAAUGAUGUUCUGAUGAGUGGACCCACAAUACAACCAGAGCUUUUCAACAUUCUUCUGAGGUUCCGGUGUCACCGAUACGCAAUGACAGCCGACAUUAAGCAAAUGUUCAGACAAAUUUUGAUUCAUGAUGAAGAUCGCCAGUUGCAGUUGAUUCUUUGGCGGUUUUCGCCAGAAGAGUCUAUCGCUACUUAUCGGCUCAACACCGUCACAUAUGGAACAUGCUCGGCUCCAUUUGCAGCAACACGCUGCCUAAGACAGCUUGCUAUAGAAUACGAGAACCGAUAUCCACACACAUGUCAGGUUAUUAUAAUGGAUUUUUACAUGGAUGAUGUGCUUACCGGCGACGAUGAACCUGAAAAACUGAUAGAAACAAAGGAGGAGUUGGGGAAAAUUCUGCAAAGUGCGGGCUUCGAAUUACAUAAAUGGAAGUCCAACGAACCGUCCAUUGUUGGCGAAGCCGUAGAUAGUAGCUCGACUAAGAUUCUAGGAAUGCAGUGGGAUACCAGAUCUGAUCUGUUCGGGUUUAGCGUGGAUGUGAACGUGAAUGCAAAAAUCACAAAGCGUAGCAUUUUAUCGGAAGUGCAAAAAAUUUUCGAUCCUCUCGGAGUUAUCAGUCCUAUCAUUUUGCAUGGAAAGUUAAUAAUGCAGGACAUAUGGUCAACGAAACUGGAUUGGGACCAAAAGCUUCCCGUGCGAAUUGAAAAAGAUUGGAUUUGGUUCUGUAAGCAAAUCGAUGGAAUUCAAAAAAUAUGUUUCCCUAGACAUGUGCCUAUCAAGGGUACAUUGGUGGAGCUACAUGGAUUUUCAGAUGCCGCUAAACGUGCCUAUGGUGCGGUGGUUUACGUCAGAACUAUUUGCAACGAAAGAAUCCUGGUCAACCUAAUCUGUUCGAAGUCAAGGAUUGCUCCGUCCAGCGAAAAAGCGAACAAAGAAGAUACAACCAUCCCACGCAUGGAGUUGAGAGCAGCGACUCUAUUAGUAGAACUUAUGGCAAAGGUCAAGGAUACCUUAACGGUUCCAAUAAACGGAAUCUAUUACUGGACUGACUCGAUGGUUACGAUAGAUUGGAUUUCAAACCCAGCAAAGAAGAGACCAACGUUUGUUAGCAAUCGGGUGAAGAAAAUCAACGAAAUGUCAGCAACUGACCAUUGGAAUCAUGUGAGAUCCGUCGAAAACCCAGCAGAUCUUAUUUCAAGAGGCACGUCUGCACAGAAAUUAUCGGAGAGUUCGAUUUGGUGGCACGGUCCAGCGUUUCUUAGCGAACCCAGUGGAACAUGGACAAACGAAACUAUCAAAACAUUAGUGAACCGAGAUCAGCAACAAACAAUUCCUCAGAAAAGUUCUCAAAACAAAAUGGACUGUUCACUUUUGGACCGAUAUUCUAGAUUUGAGAAAUUUCAAAGAGUGACAGCAUACUGCCUGCGCUUUAAAAGGAAUUGUGAAAAGGAUCCUAGGACAAGAUCGAAAGGGCUGCUAACUAUACAGGAACUCGAAGAAGCACAGUGGUGCCUUAUACGAAUGGCACAGAAUAAGUUUGCUGCAGAAACACAACUACUGUUAAACAAUAAACCGUUACCUGCUUCAAGCUCGCUCAUAACGCUUCAACCAUUUCUAGAUGAUCGACAGAUUCUUCGCGUUGGAGGCAGAAUACAGUCGGCAGGAGUGAGCUUCGAUCAACAGCACCCGAUCAUUUUGUCAUCCAAAUGCAAUCUAGCGCGGCUACUUGCGACUCAUCUUCAUGUGGAAAAUCUGCACGUAGGUAGCCAAGGUCUUCUUUAUGCGAUGAGAACGAAAUAUUGGCCUAUACAUGGACGCAGCCUUACACGACGCGUAGUUCAUCAGUGUAUGAAAUGUUACCGGAACAACCCCAAAACUUUAGAGCAAAUAAUGGGACAGCUUCCAACUGAACGAGUAAACCCAGGUAGGCCAUUCGAAACAUGCGGAGUAGAUUUUGGAGGGCCUUUCAUAGCCAAAGAAGUAUUUGUCAGGACUCAAAAGACACACAAGGUAUACUUUGCACUUUUUGUGUGUCUGAAAACUCGAGCGGUUCAUUUAGAAUUAGUAAGUGGGCUAUCAACGGCAGAUUUCAUUGCUGCUCUGAGACGAUUCGCUGGCCAACGAGGAUGGAGCAAAACCAUUUUCUGUGACAACGCAACAAAUUUUGUGGGAUCAAAAAAUGAAAUCAAAUCUCUGGUCGAAACAUUUAACUACCAAGUUGCACCGGACAUUCGAGAGUUUUGUAAAGCAAAAGGAACUGAAUGGAAAUUCAUACCCCCACGGUCACCAGCAUUUGGAGGAAUAUGGGAAGCAGGAAUAAAAAGUGUCAAGCAACACAUACGUCGAGUGUUAGGACCCACCAUCCCGACUUAUGAGGAGAUGUUAACCCUCCUUAAACAAAUCGAAGGCUGCUUGAACUCACGACCAAUUUCACCAAUGUCAUCCGACCCUCGUGACCCAAACCCAUUGACGCCCGGACAUUUUGUAGCUGGCGGUCCGAUAACCGCACCACCGGAUCACAAUCAUGACCAAACCAACUAUAAUCGGUUAACGAGGUACGAACAAAUCCAAAAAUGUCUGCAACAUUUUUGGGAACGGUGGAGACUUGAAUACUUGAACAACAUGCAACAACGGACGAAAAAGAUGUGCAGUAAAGAACCAAAUUUGUUAGUUGGUCAGUUGUGUCUUAUCAAAGAAGAUAAUUUGCCACCCUAUACGUGGAUAACAGGUCGCGUAAGUCAAGUACACCCUGGACCGGAUGGACGAGUUCGAGUUGCCACCUUAAGGACGUCAACAGGAGAAAUCAAAAGAUCUAUCGCUAAGUUGUGUUUGUUACCGUUUGAAGAAAAUAAUGGUAGGGGGAGCAUGUUGAGGAUUGAUUGGUAAUACAAAUGGUAAACUAAAUAAAAUGAAUUGCAAAAGAUGAUUUCUCUGAGUGUAUUCACCACCUUGCGUAAGACUGUUUGAAAACCUAUCGCAGUGAGUCAAUCUAGUAGGCUGGUUUUGCUAUGUCGUUUGAAUUGAAAAUAAAAACACUUUUUCCACGGUCGGCAACCGGAACAGACGUCUUUUCUUCAGUAACAGUGUAAAGAAACUCUACGAUCACACACAUCCCAUUUGCCCCGUCUAAACCCGCGAUUCAUGUGAGUUGAAUUCAAGUCAUUUGUCAAACGAGAUUAAUUCAAUUCAAUUUGCUUAUACACCGCACGAGUUGAACAAAGUAAACACUCGCUUCAACUGAGAUGCAUUCAAGAGCAUGCAAGUCAUACCAUUGGAUUGAACAUGGUUGAGAAGUCUGUUACUCAGAUGCUCGUUUCAAUUGAACAGUCUAAACCAGGCAUAAGGAGUUUAAUGGUCGUUUGAAAUGGCAACACAAGUGGUAACUUCAUGAUGGUGCUGCUAAUCGCAAAGUUCCCAUGCUGCUGUCAGUGGUGAAUAUAACUUAUCUACAGAUAAGUAUACGUAUUUACCACUGACUGUAUCAACAUGCUGCUUGGGUGACGCUAGUGUUUCUAACGCUUAAAACAGUGAAUCAAAAUUCAACCAUCGCGCAACAAUAACGGCAAUGUCGCAACCUCAAUUUGUUGCGACAUUCUACCCACUGCGAUAAAGGUUUGUCCCAACUUGAACAGAAUAGGACAAAGAUCUUGCACCACGAGUUCAGAGAUUUUUAAGGCUUGCAUUGUGAUUUUCGAGCGGUAACUUUGAGUCGGUAAACACUGCAACGCUGCUGAAGAUGUAUCAUCAAAAAAGUUUCAUUUUGGGUUGAUUAUUCACGAGUUGAAAAGCACGCAACAAAUUCAGCUUCCGUUUUGUCUGCAACAAAAAUUUUCGAGAUAAUGUCACUAUCUGUUAUCAGUUGGGAUAAAGAGUAAUCGCUGCAUCCUCUUUGUUUCUUGUUUUGUGCUAACUUUCGAGAGAUUUUUCUAGUUUGGAAGUUCUCUGUGUCAAAGGUGUCGCAGCAAUUUCAUCAAAGUAUCUUUAUACAAAAAAGAUACCCAAAUUACAUCAUUUUACAAGGUGAAUUCAGAGAUUGUUACUUUCCAUCCCUUCCUACUAAGAAAAAUUCCGUCUCCCAACCCAACAACAGUUGGAAAUGCAGAGGUAUUUUCGAACUCUAGUAGCAACGGAUGUCGCACGGUCGCACUAACAUCCCUUCAACUACGGCAUCUAAAUGUGAAUUAUAGGACCAUCUAUGUUAGCUCGCACUUAUUGAUGUCAUCACAGAUAACAGACAUUCAAGUUCAAUCUGAAUUUUGUGUAAGGCAAUAUUGCAUCUGCAGCACAAGCGGCAACAUCGCGGCGCUGAAAUCGGCGAGUUUGAAUUCAUCACUAACUGUGGCAAUAUGAUGCUUGACGGCACUAGUGUUUUCAACAUGCAUUAGUUUGCAUCGCUACUCAAGUAAGUAAUCAAAUCCUUACACAACUUUCUGAAUAAAAUUUGUUCUAGCCUUGAUGUAUGUUUUCUGUGAUGUCAUCGACCAGAAGUUUGGGGUCACCCCUCAAUAUUAUGUAUUGACCAAAAAUUUGGGAAAUUUUCUUGAAACAGGUAAAAUUGUUUUGCUCAUAUCUUUGAUAGCUUUCGUUCAGUUGCCAUUCUCUUCGGUUCGUUUUGGAGAUAAUGAACUAAACUUACGUAACAAGCAAAUGGCACAAAUUUCCCGAAUGGAGGAGAACGUGCCUCUAGAGCCGACCUACUGAUCGGUAACAAGCAAGGAAUCCCAAUCAAACCACUGUUAAACUAAUCUACACCUUAGGUUUAAGAAUAGCUUUCAUUCGAUAACAUUGUUAUUAAUCAUGAGAAGUAGAUUCUGUCCAUGUGAGCAAAGAAUGCAGUGUACAAAUAAGAAAAAAAACAACUAAAUUUAGAAGCAUCAUGAUAUUUUUAUCCCUCAAUAACUUUUUAGCUAGGUGAUGAGGUACCAUCAGAUAAAGAUAUCCAUAAACUUUGAAUCUGCUAUCCAAUAAAAUGUUCAUCAAAUUACCAUAAUUUGACCUCAAAAUCAUUACCAUCCGCCAAUAAGUUAACUUCAAGUGCAUAAAAGUUUUCCCGCAUUUCAGUACCUACUCCUGGACCGACCCAGAACAGGCGGCGGCAGGAGGGUGGCAAACUUUUGCUAAUAGCCAUACCUACUCCCGAAAGUCGCUUCCUCGCUUCAUGAUUCACCGACGCCGGGCAGGUGGAGUUGAGAAGGAAACUGUCAAUUUUGACGAUGCUAUCUACCUACCUACCUUCUUCCAAAAUAGGCAAAGAGACUUCAUAUUGAACGCUUCCUUCGCCAGAUUCAACGGUCGGUAUCUUUCGUCAAGAAUCACCAUCGUUCUAUUCAACCGCGUAUCGUAUCGAGUUUUCUUUCCUCAGUAGGGGAAGGAGGGGCAUAACGCUCGACCCAAGCUAUACUGAUUACACUGAUGUAUUUCACUUUGAGAGUUGUUUACUUUCCUUACUUAUGAGACUUUGGCUUUGACUUGUAAUGAAAUACCACGGGGCUCCAUUGAACUCUUCCAAGCAGCAACGAUGAGAAGGAGUACGAAUCGCUGGUUGCUUCCAUAUGAAGUUUCCUUCAUAAUAUAAUGACAUCACGUGAAUGAGUUUUGUUCCCGGAGACGUUUUGCCCUCGAUUUCUCUAAAGGAGUCGGUUUCUUCGUAGAGUAUGGGCUUGCUGUUGUCACAGGGACGAACGUUCCCUUUGAGGCAGAGCAAAAUCGAUACAACGUAGCUUUGGACCCAGGAUUAACUGAAGAGGUAGCACCGGUGCAGUGCUAUAGAAGCGGCCAUGAUUAGCAGAGUUUACCUCUGGAUAACAUUAAGUUUCUUAUAUGGCAUGCAUUCUGGAGAACAAUCUUUUGGGCAGGCAAACCUACAAGGAUAAAUUCAAGUACAUGAAUUUGAGUACUUUAAAACUUACUACAGGUACACCUCGAUUUAGUGGGCCCUCGAUUAAAUAGACUCUCGAUUUUAUGUACAUUUUUAAUGGUAACAUUCUUAAUAUCCAAGCAGUUUAAAACUUGCAAUUUUGUUUGAGGUUUUGUUAUGAUGGCUUAUAAUGCAGGGGUUUUCAGGUUUUUGACACGCAUAUCAAGAAAUGGUUUUGUGGAGCACCCAUAAUAGCGCCAAAGCAUACCUCAUGAUCUCAUGACAUUUUCAGUUUUAUAUAUUUACCUUAAUCUCAUACUCCCCAUUCUGACUUCAUUUUUUUAUAAAUAUGUCUUGCUUAUUCGAUGAUCAUAAUGAGCGGAGUAGGUAGUUCUACCUUACGUUCUUCACUUUUCUUCACUGUUUCUGGGGCCCCGCGCACUGCACGCCUACGCUGUCGCUCCUUUCGCCUGUCCACUAGCUUCUUCUCUCCUUCCUGGGCCAGGGGGCGGGCAAUUCUUCUUCUUCCUUCUCUCUUUUUCUUGGCUGCAGCCUCUCGCGAACCUUCCUCCUGUCCCGUGCGCCCCUCGAGUGUGUUGACGGACUCGAGGCUUCAAUGAUCCGUAGAGUCACUGGAAAAGCCUGGGUUCGUCGGCGCGUUUGAUGAUUGUAUCGGGUUACAGGGAUGCGGACACACUACAAAUUGGCUAGAAGGGUCUACGCAGUGGUAGCGACUUGCACUGUACGGGUCACUAACUUGGUUUUGAAAUAAAAACCGCGAGGUCCUGUGGGCACAAUAGGAGAAUCGCAAUGGCGGGUUAGGCACUGUACGGAUGGGCUAGGUUCGGGGUUUAUGGGCAGUAGUUUACCUGGAAAUCCAGUAUUCCUUCACACUCCUUCUUUUCUUCUCUGUAUCCUUUUCUGCUCCUUAACUUUGGAUAACUACCUUCAACUUUUACUUUACUCCAAAUAACUUUUUCCUUCUAUUAACUUUUGAAAACUUCGACUAUUCGCUCUGAAGAUCACCAGGCUAAUGAUCUUUUGGAUUUAAGCUCGUUGACCCCGAACCUUUGGCCAUUGACCCGCCGUACAUCCUCCUCAUGAUGGCCACCCAGUUCGCCUCCCAUGGCCGCCCAUUCGUGCAGUCCUGUGUAGCCAGGUAGUGGCUAGCGGAACUAUCGUCGUCCUUACAUGGGGCAGUGUAGUGAUGGCUGCGUUCGUGGGAUUUUUGGGACGUUACACUUAACCUAACUAAAAACGUUUUCUUUUUUUU